GCCCGGCCCGGCUCGGUUCGGCAGCCCCCGCGGCCCGGCGCAGCAUGUGAGCCCUCCGGGGCGGGGAUGCUCUGGCUGCUCUGCGGCCCUUCUUGCGCCAUGGAGAGCCAGGCGCUGGUUAUCCGCAUCAAGAUCCCCGACGGCGGGGCCGUCGACUGGACCGUUCACUCGGCUCCUCAGCUGCUCUUCAGGGACGUGCUGGAUGUCAUCGGUCAAGUGCUGCCAGAUGCAACGACAACAGCGUUCGAGUAUGAAGAUGAGGAUGGCGACCGGAUCACCGUUAGAAGCGAUGAAGAAAUGAAAGCCAUGCUGUCCUAUUAUUACUCCACUGUAAUGGAACAGCAAGUAAAUGGACAGUUAAUAGAGCCUCUGCAGAUAUAUCCAAGAGCCUGCAAGCCUCCUGGGAAACGGAACAUACAUGGCCUGAAGGUAAAUACACGAGCAGGGUCUGCUAAUAAUAGCAGUUCGGCGGUCUCGGAUUCCCUUCCAAGCAAUAGCUUAAAAAAGUCUUCUGCAGAGCUGAAGAAAAUACUUGCAAAUGGCCAGAUGAAUGAACAAGACAUACGGUAUCGAGACAUCCUCGGUCAUGGCAAUGGAGGCACAGUCUACAAGGCAUAUCACGUCCCCAGUGGAAAAAUACUCGCAGUAAAGGUCAUACCCUUAGAUAUAACACUGGACCUGCAGAAGCAGAUAAUGUCUGAGUUAGAAAUUCUUUAUAAGUGUGACUCAUCAUAUAUCAUAGGAUUUUAUGGUGCUUUUUUUGUAGAAAACAGAAUUUCCCUCUGUACAGAGUUCAUGGAUGGGGGUUCUUUGGAUGUUUAUAGAAAAAUUCCAGAGCACGUACUUGGAAGAAUAGCAGUAGCUGUUGUGAAAGGCCUUACCUAUUUAUGGAGUCUAAAGAUUUUACACAGAGACGUGAAGCCAUCUAACAUGUUGGUGAACACACGAGGCCAGGUGAAGCUGUGUGACUUCGGGGUGAGCACCCAGCUGGUGAAUUCUAUAGCCAAGACGUAUGUUGGAACAAAUGCUUAUAUGGCGCCUGAGAGGAUUUCAGGAGAACAGUAUGGAAUUCAUUCGGAUGUCUGGAGUCUAGGGAUUUCCUUCAUGGAGCUUGCUCUUGGGAGGUUUCCAUAUCCUCAGAUUCAGAAAAACCAGGGAUCUUUAAUGCCUCUCCAGUUAUUGCAGUGCAUUGUUGAUGAGGAAUCGCCGGUCCUUCCAGCCGGGGAGUUCUCUGAGCCAUUUGUACACUUCAUCACUCAAUGCAUGAAAAAGCAGCCAAAGGAAAGGCCAGCACCUGAAGAUUUAAUGGGCCACCCCUUCAUCGUGCAGUACAACGAUGGGAAUGCUGAGGUGGUGUCCAUGUGGGUGUGCAGGAUGCUUGAGGAACGGCGCUCAACCCAAGGACCACAGUGAGCUGGGCUGGCUCACAGCAGCCCACAAAGCAGCAGCUCCCCCUGGACUGGCAGCACCAGCCCCACACUUUGGACUCCUGGUCUCUCCAGAUCGUAUUUUUACUUCAACAAAACCAUUUUCCAAGAAGCAUCAACAAAAUCUUUCAGGAUAUUGGUUGCUGCUUUUCCCCUCACUACCACAUUACGGAAUCUUCUGCCCACCUUUUGUUGCUGAGCAAUUUAAUGUCCUCAGAUUAUCUCCAGUUAAACUGUACACAGCCUUAAAGCAAGUAUUUUAUAGCUCUAUUUUUUUGGUUAUUGAAUGUAUUGUAUAUUUCCUGCCUCCAGAGUAUUUUUUAACUGUUAGGUCUUUUGCUAUUCUACAGAUGACACAGAAGAUUUGGUAAGGAGUUGUUGGCAAGUUGGCCCGCUCAAAGGUGGGUCUUUAAGUGCAGACAGCCAGAAAAUGCUGAGUUUAAAGGUGAAACAAAACCAACCACCACACUGUUGUGUGCCAGGAGCCUCCAUGCUCAAGCAGUGCAGGCUGACCCGUGAAUACAGAAGGGUUCUGCAGGAAUAGGGCUGGGAUCAGCACUGGCGAGGCCACACCUUGAAUACUGGGUUCAGUUUUGGGCCCCUCACUCCAAGAAGAACAUUAAGGUCCUGGAGCAGGUCCAGAGAAGGGCAGUGAAGCUGAUGAAGGGUCUAGAGCACAAGUCUUGUGAGGAGUAGCUGAGGGACCUGGGAUUGUUCAGCCUAGAGAAAAGGAGAUUUGAGGGGAGACCUUCUGGCUCUCUACAACUCACUGAAAGGGGGUUGGAGCCAGGUGGGGGUCAGGCUUUUCUCCCAAGGAACAAGUGAGGGGACAAGAGGAAAGAGCCUCAAGUAGCCCCAGGGGAGGUCUAGGUUGGACAUGAGGAACAAUUUCUUACCCCUGAGACUUGUCAAGGCCUGGUCCAGGCUGCCCAGGGCAGUGGUGGAGUCACCAUCCCUGGAGGGGUUUAAAGCCAUGGAGAUGUGGUGCUGAGGGAUGUGGUUUGGUGGUGAUCUGGCAGUGAUGGGUUAAGAGUUGGACUCAAUGAUCUUAAAGGUCUCUUCCAACCAAAAUGAUUCUGAGCUUUUAAGGUUUUGCUGAGGUGGAAGGAGGUGAAGUGAAAGAGGACAGUGCUGUCCCAGAAGUAGGGGUGCUGCAGGGUGAGUAUGAGCCAGAACUGAAAUGGACUGUUGGCUUCUGACCACAAAGAGAGAGCAGCCCUGUGCACAGGGAGCUGGCAAACAGCAGCUACACAGAGGGAUGAGGUUCUGCUCAUGCCACACCUGGAAACUGAGGACCACAACACAAGCUUACGCAGCACCUCACAAGCUUGUGGGGGAGCAGAGCCUGCUCAGAGAGGCCCAAGCCAAGCUGUGCUCUCAUGGGGCAGAGAACAGGCUGCAGGACUUUAAUUAUCACAGCAAUGCAUGGCUUGCUUGGAAGCAUCUUGCUUUUCCCAGUUCUACCUUGAUUCUGAUGUUGGAGUUGCUGCAGGAUGGGUGCAGCUGAGCCACGCCAAGGCUUCCAGGGUCGCUGUCACCACGGAGGAAUGAAUGCUGCAAGGUCCCUGUUGAGUGGUUGCUACUCCUGCCAUUUCUGUGCACUUCUGCACCACAGACUGACACAGACUUGAUCAGUCCUUGGGUUAAGAUGUGGAUGAAAACCCACAGAAGAGAGGAGAAGGGUGAAAGGGCAAGGCUGGAGUGUGUGACAAGGGUGGAGGAGGAGGUUGGGGCUUCUGUUUGAUUGUCUUUGCAUUAGAAAUAAACUUUUGCUAA